AUGCACGACAACCUGCCACCCCAUGUGAUCCGCGACGCCAGUCCCGAUAUGCAUCGUCGCAACACGAUCGACGACGACGAGACCGAAGAACACAAGAUGCACGAGAGAGACGAGCGCGUGGUCCUACCGAGCGACCGCCGCAGCACACUCGAACCGACACAGGUCGCGGCCCUGCUUCCUCCUCGGAAUACCCGCCGAGAGACGUUGGACGACCGACGUAGCACACUCGACCCGACACAGGUCGCGGCCAUGCUACCUCCGCGAAGCACCCGGCAAGAGACGAUAGGCGAUCUCUCUUUCGACACGCGGCGAAGCACGCUCGACCCGAGCCAAGUCGCCUCGAUGCUGCCAAGCACGCGUCAAGCGACCUCGGACCGCGACAUGGACGACCGCCGGAACACGCUCGACCCAACACAGGUGGCCUCGAUGCUGCCGCCUCGACACGGCCCUCGGCGCGAGACCACCGACAUGCUGCCCAUCCUCGCAUCGCCUCGGACCGAUCGGCGCACGACCUUGGAUCCGAUUGAGAGCAUGCGCAUGCUGCGCGUCGAGUCGCCCGAGCCGUCGGCAGCUGCGAGUCGGCGCGAGACGCUCGAGCCAGGUGCCAUGUCGCUGCUGGAGGCGUCGCCCAUCGCCGCCGAUCCCACGGACCGUCGCGCAACGCUUGACCCGGCCGAGUACUCGGGGCUCUUGCAGCUCGACAGCGACGACGACGACGACAAUGGUGGUCUCCAGGAAAUGUCGCUGCACAUGGAGUACUCGAUCGCCGAGUCGGAAGCGCCGAGCAUGGAGAUCGAGGACGACGACGACGUCAACAUGCUCGAGGAGGCGAGUGGCGCUGCGGACGAAGACGCACCCCAGCGUCGACCGACGCCCGUGACGCAAGAUGACGAUGACGACGAUGACGUCAUGGCAGCGCCGGCGUUUGCAUCGCCGCCCAUGAAGCGGACGCUGGCCACACCGCUCAAGAGCUGUCUCAGCGCCCGCAAGCCAAAACCACCGACGACUAAUGCGAGCUCGACACCGACCAAGACGCUCACCUUCGGCCCGCCGACCGGGGCCGAGUUUCGGGCGUCGGACCCGUCGACCGCCAUGACGCCCAUGUGUGAGCGCACGGCCAAAGCCAUGUUUCCAUUGGAAAAGGACGAAGACGCCGAAGACGAAGAGACGUCGGUCAACAGCAGCAUCCUCGACGAAGCCGACCUAUUGGUCGACGACGACCACGCGAGCGCGUAUGCCUUUGGGCCGAUGCAGAGCCCGCGCCGAGGCAGUCCGCGCCGCAAGCUCCCGCCUCCGGUCGUCGGCGUGAGUCCGCUCGACAACCUCACCGAGGCGCGUCGGAAGCGCCGGGCGUCGUUUAGCGCGAAAGACAUGCCCGCACCGUCGCGCCGACAGUCGCUUCUCGGUGUCAACGUCAUGGCCGACGACUCGAAUGCGUUCAUCGCUGGCAGCGCCAAGAAGCAUACGCAGCGCCUGAAAGCCCGCGGCACGACGACGUCGACACCGUUUGUGGACUCGUCGUCCGAAGACGAAGACAUUGACAUCACCGGCGAGUUCUUUACGAUGCCGCCGGCGCUUGUGGUCGCACCGACGACCAACGGCCUCGACGACUUGCUCGCGGACAAUACGCUGUCGAUGCCAGCAUCGUCGUCGUCCGACGGACUCGAUGACAAUGAUGAUGCGUCGAUGGCCUUCUUGAACGCGCCGCCGAAUGUGACGGACGACGGGCAAGACCCGACGCUCGACCUCGGGCCGGUCGGCCCCCUCGCGAGCGACCCGUCGUUGUUUUCGCAAGAAUCGUCGUUUGUGCCGUCGUCGAUGGAGACGCUGGCGCCGAUUCUGGAAGAGUCGGAUCGGAGUCGCAUGGACAUGAGCUCGGACGACGACGACGACGACGACGACGAGGACGACGACGACGGUGAUGAGUACCAGCGCCGGCGACAGUCGGUGGUCGUGAACCUCAGCGGUCGGUUCGAGAAGCUCGGGUCGUCGGGCAAGAAAAAGAAGUCGGAGAGCAGCAAGCACGCGCUCUUGCCGCUCGAAGACCUGCCCCGUCCCGCGGCGCUGGAUUUGAGCGACGAUUCGCUCAACAGCAGCCUCGACGAGGCCGACAUGCAAGACGACGACGACGACCAUAAUGACAACAACAACAACAUCCUCAUCGAUACGGACAGCGUGGUGCCAGUGGACGUUCCACCCGUGACCCUCGAGGCGCUGUUUGCCAAGCUCGAUGUCGGCCGCAUCCAUUCCUCGUUCGAUACGACGAUGGCAGGCGGCCCCGUCACGGCGCUGCAGCUCCUGUCGCCGUACGAAGUCGACGUGCGCACGUCGCUCGCAUCGGCCAAGGACGAGCUCACGUCCUUCAUUGACGAGCUCGCCGCGGUCAUGGAGACGGCGUCCGGCCUGCCUGCGCCGACACACCUCGCGGUCUUGUACCAUGGAGGGCCGCUGCCGUCGAGUCUCUCGACGUUUUACGAGCUCAAGGCGUACCUCGUGCUCGGCGGGUGGCUCGAAUGGCGCACGAAGCUCGAACACGCGCGCACGACCGCCCUUCGCCCGUUGUUGCAGUCGGCGAUCACCGACAAGGCCCAUCUGGACGCAGCUACCGCGACGCUCGGCCUCAAGGAAGACCAGGAAGGGCACAUUGUCGACGGGCUCUACGCCCAUGAAAAGGCGACGCGGGCCGAGCUCGAGACGAUUGAAGAGCAACUCGUGAUCCGCGCCGAGCUCACCGGCCGGCUCCAGGCGCUCCGCCGGCAAGUCGAGAGUCUGCAGAAGACGCUGUCGACGCACGCCGCGCAGACAGCAACGCUCGAGGCGCGUCACGCAAACGCGUCGAUGGAUGUCUCCCCUGCGACCCUCGCGACGCAACUCGAUGCCACCAAGGCCGCGCAAGAGACGUACCAGCUCGCGUCGGGCGCGUCCAAAUGGCAGUGUCUCUCCGUCUCGGGCGUCGCGGUCGCGUUGGCGCUGCAAUGCAAGGUCUGGAAUGCGACCGUGCACGUGGCCAUGGACGUGGAUCUGAGCGCUGCCUUGCCGACGGCUUCGUUCGCGGUCCACUCGUCGUCGUUGGGCGUGAAGGCGCUCGGGACGGACCUCCAGCGCGUGCUCUUUGACACGAAUGCACUGGAAAAUGCGGCGAUGCGGGUGCUGCGGUCGCCCGACGACGUGCCAACCUUGCUCCAAUCGACCGAGGUGACGCUGCUUCGCGCGGCCCGCGUGUGCAAGGAAGUGCUCUUACUCGAGACGGACCACACCGUGUAUGUGACGGACUCGAAUCUGCUCGUGCAGUUUACGUCACAGCGCCGGAAAAUCCGGUUUGGCGUCGCGUGGCGACUCUCGCCGAACGUGUUGUUCGAGCCGCUGACGUUUGCGCUGACGGGUGUGACGGGACUGACCAAGGCGCAAGAGCUGGCGAUUUUAGACCGGCUCGAGACGGUGCCGCGCGGCUUUCGGCGACUGCGACAGCUCUGUCAGUGCGUCGAGCGGUACCUGGACGACUUAUAGUAGGCUAGACUUUUUGAGAAUGGGACCACCCGUG